AUUUAACUGUUGUGUUGUCUCAAAUCAACUGAACCAAGAUGAAACUAGUGUAUCUUUUAUUUAUUGCUUUAUUUUGUCUAACAGCGGGUGAAUCUCAAACUGAACAUCAAAAAGUAGAAAAAAUAAUCAAAGAAUGUCAACAAGAAUUUGCUUCAACUGUAAACGAAAUUAAAAACAUUAACCUUGGUGUUAUAAACCCUGAUACCGGCAAGCAAGUUCUUUGUGUUCAUCGUAAACUAGGAACACUGGAUCAGAAUGGAGACGUUAUUCAUGAUAAGUUUAAGCAACAUAUUAAAGCUAUUACUGACGAUGAAAAUCAUCGAAAAGAGUUUCAAGACAAAUGUGGUCAAACUAAAGGAAGCAAUUCAGAAGUUAAAGCUAUUAAUUUUGAUAAAUGUAUACAAUCUGUCAUAGCAUCUAAUAAUCUAUAAAAAUGUAAGAAAUUUAUAAAUAUAUAAACUAAAGUAUAAUAAAUAUAUUAUGAUAUAAAAUAUAAUACUGU